UUAAAAAUUUCUUAAGUAAUUUUUCCCGCGAAACAUAACGAAAUAAUAUAAAUGAAACGUAUAAAUAAACCUCUAAAUAAGAUUUCAAUAUCGUACGAAUUGCCAAUAAGAAACCUAGUCUAGUCGAUUGCGAUCUAUAAAAGGACCAUAAACGGAAGUUUGAAAAUAUUAACCAGAAAUAUAAAUAAUAUCAUGUCUACGGGCUACAUGUCUGAAAUAGAUCCGUCAGAAUCCGCAAGCGCUGGUGGCGCCAGUAACCCCAACGGAACAAAUCAAAAUAAUCCAUCGAGCAAUUCGAACGAUCCAAAUUCGCCGAGAAAUUCGGAUUCGAAAUACGGCCAACAGCAGCACAUGUACAGUAACCCGAUUCACUCGCACGGAAAUUUGGCGCAACAGGCGAACCGUUCCGAGCAGAACCUGUCUCCGCACAGCGUCGGAGGACUGGCCCAUGCUCACGCUCACCUAUCCCAAAACCGAUUGGAAUCUCAUCUAUCACAUGGUAACCUGUGCCAAAACCUAUCCCAGAACAGACUCGAGCACAACUUGUCGCCUCAUAGCGUCAACCUAUCGCAGGCGAACCUCUCCCAGAACAGGUUGGAACACAAUCUGUCGCCGCACGAUUCGAAUUUAUCGCAGAAUAGACUAGAGCCGCAUCUUGCACAAAAUCGAAUGGAAACCCACCUGGCCGCCCACGGGAAUUUAUCCCAAUCGCCAAAUCUAUAUCAAAAUACAGAUUGGCAGGACAUCAAGCCCCAAAACUAUAACAUCCAUACAAAUAUUCAUAAUAUCCAUAAUAUUCAUAAUAUACAUACGAAUAUUCACAAUAUGCAUACAAAUAUACAUAGUAUGCACAACAACUGGCCAAUCUACAAUCACCCGUCUAUUUCCAACUACCAUCUUCACCGGACACAAACUGAAGGAUAUCACGAAAACAGGCAUCUGGGUCAAGAUCUCGGUCUAAAUAGGGAAGUCAACAGGGACCAAAUUGCCAGGCCGGAUUAUAUGUCCAGGACAGCAGAUGCAAACAGGGAAUUCAGUAUAAAUCGAGGUGGAGAUUUGUCUCUUAAUAGGGAUUUAAGUAUCAACAGGGAUCUCAGCCUAAAUCGCGAUCUGUCCCUUAAUCGAUCCACAGACCUCGGAAUCAAUAGGAGCGAGUUUGGCCUAAAUCGAGAUAUCGGUCUAAACCGCGAUUUGAAUUUAAAUCGCGGAGGCGACUUAUCGUUAAAUAGGAGCGGAGAUUUAAGUUUCCAACGGGACCUGAGUCUAAAUCGUGGAGAUUUCGGUUUAAACAGAGAUCUAUCUCUGUCGCAUCCUUCUACCUUCUCUACAUCUGAAGAUGAAUUAACUCCUUCUAGUGAUGAUUUGGAAUUGUUUGCGAAACAAUUCAAACAGCGGCGAAUCAAAUUAGGAUUUACUCAAGCCGACGUUGGCUUGGCGUUAGGAACUUUAUAUGGAAACGUUUUCUCGCAGACGACAAUAUGCAGGUUCGAAGCACUCCAAUUGUCCUUUAAAAACAUGUGUAAACUGAAGCCAUUGUUAGACAAAUGGCUGCAAGAAGCAGAUUCGACGAACGGCAGUCCCACAAAUAUAGACAAAAUCGCCCAGCAAGGCAGAAAGCGAAAGAAAAGGACCUCGAUAGAGGUUUCAAUAAAAAGUGCACUGGAAAAUCAUUUCCACAAGCAACCGAAACCGUCGGCGCAGGAAAUUAGCAACUUGGCGGACGGGCUACAGCUGGAGAAAGAAGUCGUUCGAGUCUGGUUCUGUAACAGGCGGCAAAAAGAGAAACGCAUGACGCCCCCGAACACGAUGGGCAGCGACGUCUCCGAAAGUCUCGUGUACAACGCGGCCUACGACCAGAACUUGGGCCACAGCCUGGUCCACAAGUACGAGGACAUGCCCGGCGGAGGCGGAGGCGCAAGGCACUUGGAGGACACGGGACGACACCUGGAACACGGCGUGUCGCACCUGGGCCACGAAAUGGCCAACAAGUUCGAAGGGCACGACAUGGGACAGAACCUGGGACACAAUUUAGGCCACAAUCUAGUUCAUAAAUUCGAAGACGGCAGCAGGCACAUAGAGCAGAACCUCGAGCCUAGUUAUUCGGAAGCGCAGAGUCCUGGCAAUUAGCAUAGGACGUGUAAAUACGUGAGUUAGGGACAUAAAUUCAAGUGACUGAUUAGUGACUGAACGAUGUUAUAAAUGACAACGUGAGUGCGAAAACAAAACGUCUUGACGAAGAAAUAGUCGUUAAAAGUAAAAAAAAAACAAACAAAAUGAAAAUAAACAAGGCGUGUAAAAAAUGUGAUUGGCAGUAUAUCGAAAGAGGUUCACAACCUAUGUACUUUAAUGA